AUGGGACAUAGAAAGGGAGCAUAUGAUGAGGUUGCUGAUUACAUCAUGAAUAUGAUAACAAGCUUGGUGCUAAACAGAAGGUACAACAUUUCACAAGUGAUCUUUGAAUACAUGAAGGAGAAUUGCGAAGCUGGAGCAGAUAACUACAUCAUGUAUCCUAGAUUCAUCAUGAUGUUACUAAAUGACAAAAUCAAAGAUCUUCCGAAGGAUUGUGAAGAUGUGAUGGAGAUGAGUGUUGUAAAUAAGACAACAAUAGGAAGAAUUACAAAAGAUAAGGAUGAGAAAACCAAGCAGAUGAUUUGCAGAAUAAAAGAUAAAGCAUAUGUUGCUCCUGAAAACGAUAAAUGGAGGCAUGACGACAGCAACUCAGACAAUGAAGACUCAAAGAUGAAUGAGAUGGUUGAGAAAAAGACUAGGUGGUGGCAUGUUAGAAAUGGAAAAAGGAAAAGGACACCUAAGUCAUCCCCUGCGGUUGUUAUUCCUAAAGAAGGAGAAAAGGGGUCUUCUAGAGAGCCACAACAGAAGUUAAUUGAUGAGACAGUUCUAGAGCCAUCAGUGGUGAUUGAACAAGGUGCUGAUUUAUUAAAGCAAUCCUUGGAAAGCUAUUUGAAAAAGAAUGAGGAGAUUGCAGCACAACAAGCUCAAGGAACAAGUGUUCAUGCUGAAAAGGUUACAAGAGUUCAACCAGAAACAGAAGCUUUAAGGAGUUCAAGUGAUGGAGAUUCUGAAGCUACUCAAUCUGAAUCUGAAUUGAUUCCUGAAACUGUUGGUAAAGGAAAAGUUCAGUUGAAGAAAAGACCGUCAAAGAAACAAAAGGGUUCAGAUGAAGAAGAUUCUCCUUAUGAUCCCGAAAAGUCAAAGAAACAAAGAAAGAAACGAAAGGCAGCUCCAGUUGGUAAAGAAAAAUCACCAAGUGUUGAUGUUCCAAAAGAACCGGAGGUGAAAGCAAAAGAAGUUCCAGUUGUGGGAACAGAAAAGAAGACAGGUGAUGAUGAUUAUGUAGAGAUCACUGGAUUCAGAGCUGCUAGUCUAAAACCUGUUCAACAAGAUAUUCCUCAGUCAUCACAUCAGAAAGUAGAAGAUUUUAAUUUUGACUUUGACAAUAUUGGUUCGGUUACUUGUAUUUUCUUAGAAGAUCUUCCAGGUAAAAGUGAUAUGUUCAAUGAUCAGGCGGUUAAAGAAUUGAUUAAGAAAGUUAAAGAACUGGAGAAAGAGAAAGCAAAAGCUGAGGAAGAACGUGAUAUGCUGAAAAGUCAAAUAAAUGAUUUGAUGGAAGCUCACAAUAAAGUAGUUGCAGAUUGGUUGAAAAGGAGAAAAGAAUGA